GUCAGUUUGACAGUAUAUAUUUAUUGACAAUAUUUGUUGACAGUCUGGCGUUGUUAGGAUUUAAGCAUUUCCAAGCUAUUAUUAGAAACAGAUUUUCUUCCAUAUAAUUAAGGCGUUGAAAAAGAUGCUUAAAAUAAUUUCAAAUGAUCCAAACAGGUCGGAUAAUGUUAAAUGUGGAGAAAUCUUUUGGCAUGCGGAUACGGCCUACAAGGCAACUUGCUUUUUUUGUGGAGAACAUUUGUUGUUUGACGAUUUUCCCAAACACUUUCAGGAACAUCAUAUUGAUUCAAAUAGAAUAUUUACAGAGACAUUGAAAGAUUUAAAUGCAAUUAAAUUAAAUGAAGUUGAGGAUGAAAAUAUAAGAGAUAAGUCCACUGAACUUCUGUGUGAAAAAUCAACGCCGGAAAACGAUGAAGUCAACUUCGAAAGCAGCACUAACGCAAUUCAAAAUUCAACGACGAAAAAAACUAAGAAACAAAAGAAUGAUAAUUCAUAUACUCCAGAUUAUCCUUGUAAGCUGUGCUCGCGUGUAUAUAAACGCAUAGCUUGUUUAAACCAACAUAUACUUUCCACUCACAGUGGACACAAAGAAUUUUUGAAUAAUGAUACCCCCGAUAUGAUUGAUUUGCCGUUCCAAUGUUUACUAUGUCCACGUGCCUAUUCACAUAAAAAGAAUUUAUUAACUCACGUGCAAAUGAAUCAUCCGCCACAAAGUUUGUUAAGUUCAAAUAGUCAGAAUUCGCAGGAAGAUCAUAUUUCUAAAGAAACAGAUAUUUUUGUACAAGCUUUGCAGGAAAUAAAUACAGUUAAUGAAGUUAAAAUUGAAAACACAAAAUUUGAAUCCACUGAUGAUUUGUGUGGAAAAUCAACAGAAAAUGCAGUUGAAGAAAUAGAGGAUGAAAAACUGAUAAACAUUGAAGACUUACAAAGCAGUCAAGGUGCAAUAUUAAAAACUUCAGUCUUAGAAGGUGCAGUAUUAAAUGAUCAUAAAGAAUUCAUACCAGAAGAUAAGGAAGAUGAAAAGCCAAACUUAGAUGUGUCAGAAGAGAGUAGUGAUUGGAAAUGUGAUGAUGAUGACAAUGAUGAUUGGAGUGAUCACUCUAGUUUGCCACCAUUAAAGAAAAAAAAAACAAAACAAAGUGAUACGAUUGGAAAGGAUAUAGGAGAUUAUCCAUGUAAGUUAUGUCCCCGUACAUACAAGAGAUUAAUAUAUUUAAAUCAGCAUAUACGAGUUAAUCACACGGAGGGAAAAGAAUUAAAGAACGAUGAUAAACCAAAUAUUGAAGUCGAUAAUUUGCCUUUCCAAUGUGCACAAUGUCCUCGUUCCUACAGACACAAAAAGAGCUUAUUAGGUCAUAUACGUAUCCACCAUACCUCAAAACUUGUUAAAGAAUUGCAUAAAUGCGAAGAAUGUGGAGAGGUGUUUCGAGAAAAACGUUACUUAGACACGCAUUUGUUUAAGCAUAAAGGUCUUACUUGUGAAGUAUGUGGCAGAAAAUUUACACAAGUUGGUAAUUUACAAUUGCAUUUAAAACGGCAUACAGGCGUAAAAGAAUUCAAAUGUGAAGAAUGUGGUAAAAUGUUUUUCACAGAGCAUGAGAGAAAUAAUCAUAUGGUAAUGCAUACCCAGCAUUUUCCAAGUAUUUGUGAAAUAUGUGGAAAACCUUGUCGUGAUGGAAAACUUAAAUCACAUAUGCGUAGGCAUACUGGCGAACGACCAGCAAAAUGUGAAGUGUGCGGUAAAUGUUUCUUCGACACCCAUGAUCUGAACGUACAUGCGACUUCACACAGUGAUGAACGACCAUUUCCAUGUGAUAUAUGUGGUUCUGCGUUUAGACAUAAAAAAGCUUUACGUGUGCAUAAGAAAAUCCACAACAAAGAUCGUAAACAUAUAUGUAAAAUAUGUGGGAAGUCAUAUGCACAAGCGGGAGGAUUAACUGCACAUAUGCGAACCCAUAAUACGGCCAUUAAAGAUGAUAUCACGACAGUUUUGGAUGAAAUUGAAAUGCUUUAAAAGUAAGCCAUUGAUAUAUUUGCCAAAAAGCAAUAAAGUUUUAUUAUUGCGAUGUAUUUGUAACCUAAU